AUAUUUCGAGGAAAAAUACAAUUAAAAAAAAAAGAAAAACUAUAUAAUAUAAUAAUAAUCCUUUUUAGUGAAUAAAACAACAAAAAUAAAUUAGGAAAUAAUUAAGAGCGUCAUUUUUGGUAUCCCGCGCAACUUUUUCUUCUCAGUUUCAGUUUCUCUACAUCGAUUCAUCGAUUCCACUCUCUUGAUUGCUGUUUAGAUCAAUCCGUCUCGAACCCAGGGGUUAGUAUAUAGUGGAUCAAACUGAUCCGACCCGACCCGACCCGAAUUAUUAAUGUCGGAAGUUAAUGAGAUGAGUGGUGGUUCUAUUGGCGGCGAAUUGUUGAGAGCGUCGCCGAAGGUUUUAACGGCCGGUGAUCGGAAAUUACUCAAGGUGGAGCUUCGGCCAGGGGAUACGACGUAUGUUUCGUGGAAGAAGCUUAUGAGGGAUGCUGGUAAGGUCAAUGGUUUAUCGGCUUCGGUUCCCGACCCGCCUCCUAAUGCUAACCCUAACCUUGAGUUUCGAAUUGCACCGGGGCAUCCAGUAGAGAUUGAAACGAAUGAACAACCUCAUUCUAACCGUUUCAACGCUGUUAUUGAGAAGAUAGAGAGGCUCUAUAAGGGGAACGAUAGCAGUGAUGGGGAAGAGUUAGACGGUGCUCCUGAUGAUGAUGAGUAUGACACUGAAGAUUCAUUUAUAGAUGAUGCUGAACUGGAUGAGUAUUUCGAAGUUGAUAAUUCAACAGUUAAACAUGAUGGAUUUUAUGUAAAUAGAGGCAAGUUGGAGCGGAUGGAACCUUCAACAACAUCUAACCAGCAACCCAAAAAACGGCGACGAAAAGAUUCAGCAAAACCCUGUCGUGAUGCAGUUGACGUAUCCGAUAAACACACCAAGUUGUCUAUAACAGCUAGGAAAAAGGAUCAAUCAACUGCUCCUGGGUCCUGGAAAACACAGGAGUCACCUUUGCCUUCUGGAGCGCAAGAUGCAAAUACUUCAGUACCUCUGGAUGAUGUGAAGCAUUCUGAUAGAGCAAAUCAUCAGUCUAGGAAUGAUACAAGUCACAAGUCAAGGGAAACUGGAUCCUCUAGUGCCCUUCAUCAGAAAUACAGCAACAAAAGCUUACACCAACAAUCUACGUCCCUGCUAGGAAAAUCUCCCCCCAAUGUCUUUGCAGAGGUAACAGUAGUCCGUCAGAAAGAAAACAAUGGUAUGCAUCAGCUGGCAAAUGUAACGGGAAGCAGACAAUCUAGUCAAGCGUCUAAAAAAGAUGGUUCUAAUGUGAAGUCUAAAACCUCAAUCCUCGAGAAAGCCAUAAGGGAACUGGAGAAGGUGGUUGUGGAAUCAAGGCCUCCUGCUAUCACUGAAAAUCAAGAAGCUGAUACCUCAUCCCAGGCAGUGAAGAGAAGAUUGCCCAGGGAUGUUAAAUUGAAACUUGCUAAAGUUGCUAGGAUUGCGGCAAGCCAGGGAAAACAUUCAACAGAGUUAAUCAACCGUCUUAUGAGCAUUGUUGGUCACCUAAUCCAGCUUAGGUCUCUUAAGAGGAACUUGAAAAUCAUGAUUGAUAUGGGAGAUUCUGCAACCCGAGAAAAGGAUACUAGGUUCAAGCAAAUCAACAAUGAAGUUCUUGAUAUGAUAAAGGCCAAAGUUUCUUUGAUGGAAUCACAGGUUCUCUCUCUCUCUCUCUGUUCUAAUCUUAAGUUGCUUGAUAGGCAUUUCUUUCAUCCAUGGCUUUUCUAUCUUAUUACAUUCUUGGAAGUGUCAUUAACUUUUAUGAAAUCUGGAGUUCUCUCUGAUAAUGGUUUUCCGUAGAUCAAGCUCUUCAUUCUUUUGUUUUCGAUGUUCCCUGUGGGUCAAUCUGCCUUUGUAGCGUAUUUUCCUCCUAUUAAUAUGUUGAGGCACCUGUGACAUUUAUGAUAUUUCUUGCACUAUCAUUUUAUGUUCCAUAGGCAAUCAAACCAGAAGGUGCAACAUCAGACGAUUUUCAGGACUCAGUAGAAAAGCCAUCUUUGAAGAAGUUUGUCAUGGAUGCGGCAUUGGAGGAUAAAUUGUGUGACCUAUAUGACAUAUUUAUCGACGUAAUUAUCAUUUACCUUUAUAAUCUGCCAUGCCAAUUCUAGACAUAGAAUUAGAGUCAAAACGGUUUUGUUCCUGUUUUUUGGUAUAUUAGGGAUUGGAUGAAGAUCAAGGUCCACAAACAAAAAAGCUAUAUGUCAAUUUGGCUGAACUCUGGCCAAAUAGAUUGAUGGAUUAUCGUGGGAUCAAACAUGCAAUUUUCCGGGCAAAGGAGAGACGAAAAGCAUUGUAUGGAAACCUUGCGAAAGAGAUGGAUCAAACAAAGAUGAAGAAGAGUAUGAAGCAGUUGGUACCAAGAACAGACUGUACUGCUCAGCCCAACACCGAAUUAGUGGUUCAGAGACAACACAGUGGGGAAAAAAAAUUGAUUGUUGAUCCAAAUGCAACCAGCACUUCCGUGGUCACUAGUCAAACUAUGGUUGACAGAUCAAAUCAGCAGCAGCCUGAGAAGCUAAAGGGAAUCUCAAGCUCUUGCAAUCCUACAGAGGAAACAAGAGUGGUCAAGAGAAAGAACGAGGCUGUAAUGGCUGAGAAACAAGUCGUUCUUGCCCUGAAGAAGCCCGAACAUCCACAGACACGUGUAAUCCCAGCUCCUCAGAAUCUGAACAUCCCACGAACAACCCCGGACCUGAACUUGCCAAGUUGACAUCACGAUUGACAAAGGAGCUCUUAGAAACGCCGGAGACAAUAACCUCUGGCCUCUUCCUUCCUUGUAUUUUGAGGUGGCACGGCAUUAGUCCUGGCGAUGCCGAUGCUUGGUUUUUUUAGCUACAAAGCAUGGUUUAUAAAGUUGUCUGUAUUCCAGUUUGGCUCUUAUUAAGUUAGUUACUCUAUUUACGUGUCCUUUUUCAAAACUCUAAUGUAUAAAGUUAUGAUUUUACGGGCAACUCUUUACUUUUGAGUAAAAAAAACAGAGCAGGUUUUAGUACUGAAUUUUGGGUAACGUAGUUGAAAAUUUG